AUGCAAGCAGAAGUAUUGCCGAUAUUGAUGCUCCACCUAGCAUAUGGGACAUUUUCACAGCCGACUUCGCUCAUAGAAACUGAGGUAUCAGUACCCAGACCAGCCAAGCCUGGCAACAUGCUGAUCUAUGUACCAGAAAAGGUGAUCAGACUUAAAAGGCAAUGUUGCUUCGAGACUGUCUGCGAAGAAGUACCUUUAGGUAUGGACUAUCACAGCACCUUCAAAUGCUAUGAAAAAUCUGUCUGUGGCAAAAAGUGCGACAAAAAUCGUGGUGCAACUGGGUGGUACUCUGACUAUAAUCAAGUUCCACAAUUGAUAAGGCGAGAUUUUAUUGACAAAUUCAUCACACACAGUCAAUGUGUCAGUUAUAAGUUUGACUGCAGUGUUUGCCCUGAUCCCAGUCGGUACAGAAUUAACAUAUUCGACUUAUCCAAGGACUGUGUGAAUUGUUACUAUCAGGGGCGUGUAUAAGAGAUGAGCCAAACAGGAUACCGCUAUCUACAAACACGACUAUGGAAGAAUUAGCCAAUUGUUAUAUUUGGAUCCCAUUAGCUUAGCUUCUGUAUUACUCUCUACAGGUUACUAUUAGCUGUUGAACUUGGUAUUGUUAAUUACCAGUUUUAUGACUGUUAUCAAAGUACAAAUGUAUUUUUUUAUAAAUAAAGUGCUAUAACGUACAUUUAUAGCUGAUUUCUAAUGGAGAAAAAUAUUGAGACAUGCGCUUGAUGUAGGUAAGUUCUAGAAAUAUUGGGAAAUUGUAGCUUUAGAGAAUCAACAGUUCCA